AUGGGUAGCUCAGAUUUCUCAUGGAAAUUACCGGAUCAUCCUAAGCUUCCAAAGGGAAAGACUAUUGCUGUUGUUGUUUUGGAUGGUUGGGGUGAGGCUAACCCUAAUGAGUACAACUGUAUCCAUAUCGCCGAAACACCCACCAUGGAUUCCCUUAAAAAGGGUGCACCUGAACAUUGGAGAUUGGUUAGGGCUCAUGGUAAAGCUGUAGGGCUUCCAACUGAGGAUGACAUGGGUAACAGUGAAGUUGGUCACAACGCACUCGGUGCUGGACGUAUAUUUGCUCAAGGUGCAAAGCUUGUUGACCUUGCUCUUGAAUCUGGAAAGAUUUUUGAGGGAGAAGGUUUCAAUUACAUCAAGGAAAGUUUUGUAACUGGCACAUUGCAUCUCAUUGGACUACUGAGUGAUGGUGGAGUUCACUCCAGGCUUGAUCAAGUGCAGAAUUGUAAAUCGUGGUUGGUGCUUCAUGUUGCGUUUCUUGUUCUAAUUUGUGUUACCCUCUUCUUUCUUCUUAGCUGGUUUCUUGCAGAAACUGGUUUAGUCUCUGUUGAACAUCAAAUGCGAGAGAUGGGCUUGGACGUUAAGGCUCCUGUAGAGACUGACAAAAAGUCCGAAUAA